UACUUACAGCAGCAAGGUGUUCCGUGUUACCUUCUUGACUUUGGCUGCGUCUCUAACUGUGCUGCUGCUUGGAGUGACUGUUCUACUGGAUUGUCCUAUAGACCCUCAGCCUAUAAGUUUGAAGGAACCUCCCCUCCUGACGGGUGUGCUAGAGCCUAAUACCAAGUUACGCAAAGCUGAGCGGUUAUGGGAAAAUCAGCUGGUCGGACCAGAGUCCAUUGUCCAUAUUGGGGAUGUGCUAUUUACUGGGACAGCUGAUGGGAAGAUUAUAAAAAUUGAAGAUGGUGAAAUACAAACAAUAGCCAGAAUUGGCCCUGGUCUUUGUGGAACCCGUGAAGAUGAGCCAAGAUGUGGAAGACCACUUGGGAUCAGAGUGGGGCCAAAUAACACCCUUUUUGUGGCAGAUGCUUAUUAUGGACUCUAUGAAGUUAAUCCUGGUACAGGUGAAACGAAAAUGCUUGUGUCAACCAAAACGCUAAUUGAAGGUCAGAAGUUGUCAUUUGUGAAUGAUCUUACAGUGACCUGGGAUGGGAGGAAAAUCUACUUCACUGACUCCAGUAGCAAGUGGCAAAGACGAGACUACUUACUCUUAGUUACGGAAGGCACAGAUGAUGGGCGCCUGCUUGAAUAUGACACAGUAACAAAAGAAGUGAAAGUCUUAAUGGCAGGCCUGAGGUUUCCCAAUGGUGUCCAGCUCUCUCCUGCGGAAGACUUUGUCCUGGUGCAGGAGACAACUAUGGCUAGAAUCAGGAGGUAUUAUGUGUCUGGGCUGAUGAAGGGUGGAGCAGAUAUGUUUGUUGAGAAUAUGCCUGGUCUUCCAGAUAAUAUCAGGUUAAGCAGCUCUGGAGGAUAUUGGGUAGCUAUGUCAGCUGUCCGGCCCAAUCCUGGAUUUUCUUUGGUGGAUUUCUUGUCCGAAAAACCAUGGAUUAAAAGGAUGAUAUUUAAGCAGGUACACAUCUCUUAA